AUGUCUGACUCUACAGUUCCGACAGAUCAGAAGCCAAACGCAGGAGCAACUACACGAGCCCCGAAGCCCGCUGCUCUUACAUGGGACAAGAAUCAAAACGACAGCUACAUAUCACCUGUGAGAUCAUCCGAAGCCCUGCGAACACCAAAUCAUGAUUCGACCAAGACCAAAUACAUGAGAUACCCCUCCUCACCCGAAAGUUCAUCGUAUCUGCCGCCCCGUAUACAUUCCCCCGCCUCUCAGAUAUUCGAACGAGAUGUGCAGGAAGAUAUAAUGCCAGCACAGGCGUCGCCCUCGAUACCGGCGCAUAUUCGAACCGAUAACUAUAUUCCACCUGUUCUAGAAGCAUCCUCGGCCGCGAUCACAGAUGACCGCCUCGAUCCAGAUUCGGUCGAGAUUGUCACACAUAGCCUACAUCAGCCAGCGGGUGGUCCAUCCGGGGAGCAAUCCAUGUCGUCCUCGGGCAUCGAGCAUCUCUUGGGACAGUCCGAUGGAGAUGACCUCUCGUCUAGCUAUGGAGCACUGGACACGACAGAUGUACGUCGGCUGAGCUUUAUUUCCUUUGCCGACGUGGUCAACGCCGAGCAUGCCGAGCAUGCAGAAACAAAUGAAGCUCAUCCUGGCGUAAUAUCUCGGGAGCGCCUAGGAGAUCUCAAUCAAUCCCCGUCUCCACUGCGCUCUCCAUCUUCUUCUCAUGGACUCGGCACUUCGCCGCCAACAAGCACUGCGACCUCCUUCAGAGGGCUUGAUAUGUCUCCCACUCGGUUCCCUCCUGCUAGUGCUGCCCAAAGUCCAGUCUCUUCCAGUUUUGGGGGAGACCUCAAUGUAGAGACCAUGCGCCAGGCUCUGAGAAAAACCGCCAGCGGAGACCUGGGCAUCGCAAGCCGGGCCGUGAGUACUAUAGGGGAUGACCUGCUAGAUCGUACAUUGUAG